AUGGGGUACGCUAUUUUUGUCUUUGGCCCGGCUGGAUCAGGAAAGUCGACUUUCUGUAGAAACAUAAAGGAGCAUGGAGAGAACAUAGGGAGAAGCUACAGAGUGGUAAAUCCCGACCCUGCACAGAUCUCUAGUGACGACGACUAUGUCUUAGACCUUAGGGACUUCAUUACGGUCAACGAUGUUAUGGAGGAGUACGGCUAUGGGCCGAAUGGAGGGCUGAUGGUUGCAUUGGAAGAGCUUUAUGAAAACAUCAGUGAGUUAGAUCUAGAAGACCUCGAGGGCUCUUUCCUUGUCUUUGAUUGCCCUGGGCAGAUAGAGCUAUUCGUGCAUUCUGAUAUAAUGCCCAGGAUCAUUGAUCAUGUAGGUCGUUAUUUCAAAUGUGGAAUUGUCUAUGUGAUGGAAUCCCAGUACCUGGUCGAUAUCAACAAGUACAUAAAUGGAUGCUUUUGUGCACUUAUUUCAAUGGCAAGGAUGAAUGUUCCCUGUAUCAAUGUGAUUUCAAAAAUGGACCUGAUCAAGGACGAGGAUCUGGAUGUGUUCUAUACGCCGAAUGAGGAUCUCUCGGCAUUGGUUGGGACAGGAAAGUAUUCAAAGAUGUGCAAGAGGAUGCUGAGCUUUGUCUCAGAAAACAACAUGCUGAACUUCCACCCGCUGAACUGGAACAAAGAAGAGUCUGUUGAAGAGCUAAUCUACUGCAUAGACAAUGCUGUGCAGUAUUACGAAGAUGCCGAGCCCAAAACAAAGGACUUCGCCUAA